AUGGAAUACGCUAUACAAGCUUGGUCACCAUGGCUUCAAAAAGACAUAAUUCUUCUACAGCGAAUAUAUCAUCGAGCCACGAAGCUAGUAAUUGGAUUGCAAGAUAAACCAUACGAAGACAGGAUUGCCAGUCUCAACCUAUUUGACUUCUACUAUCGGCGCAUCAGGGGAGACCUAAUUCUAACAUAUAAUAUACUGAAGACACCUAAUCAUCCGCUGGAAGACCUUUUCGUCCGACGUCGAACACGAACGGGCAGGAGGCAUGACUUUUCGCUUGCGGUACCUCACUCGAGGGUGAACUGUCGACGGAACUUUUUUGCGAUCCGUUGGUCUCACAAUUCCCCUGCUCCAACAAGCGCCUGUAAAGAUUGGGAAGAACUACAGGCAGUUCGCAUCAAGUCCCUGAAGACGACGUGCCUAACUGCGAUGCCACCCGAAGGAAGCCCGAGGGCUGGGAUACUACCAGGUUGCCCAAGCCUAGACAGGGGAAGUCGAGAGGCAGAGGUCGGGCUAGAAGUAUGGACCUUCCGCUGUAGCACCCUUUCGGUGCCUAACUGCCAUGUCACCCGAAGGUUGCACAAGGGCUGGGAUACUUCCAGGUUGCCCAAGCCUAGAGAGGGAAGUCGAGAGUUAGAGGUCGGGUUCGAACCACGGACCUUCCGGUCAGUAAAUUCGCGCUCUAACCACUUGGGCCUUCUCGCCCAAACAACCAACCUCU